AUGGAACUCACUCCGAUCAAAAUCCGCGGCAAGCGGUCCAAUACCCCGGGAUCCAAGAGAGGCCGAGGCCGUCCGCUCAAGUCCGCUUCCACAUCGGCAGCUUCUUCAGCGGUCUCAUCUCGCGCGAGUACCCCGGUUUCAACAAUAUCCAAGGCUUCUGUCAGGUCGGCUAGACCAUCCACCGCAAAGCGGCGGAAAACAGCGAAGUCUCUGUCGCGUCUCGAAGAGUUACCCCUUGAACUACUACAGAUGAUCUUUCUGGAGAGCAUGAACAUCGCUCUGCCUCGCAGCUCCCCUCAUCUAGCCGCUAUGCUUUCUGAUGAGCACACACGCCUGGAAUUCAGCCUUCGGGCAUUUUAUUGCAACGGCUUACUUCUGAAUGAUACCUCCGCGGACAUGCCAAGGCUGCAUUCUGAGCUCCUAGCCUGCCGCUUUUUCACCUGGUCCUAUUUCCAGGUGAUUCUACGCAGAGUUCACGAGCGAUACGUCAAGGAGCACAAACUGCUGGACGAUGAACAUCUCUCAGCCUGUUCAAAUAUCUUUUGCCCGCACUCCUUUUUCCCAGUCGCCGCAGAUGACUGGAAAGCUGAUCUCUGGAAGGUUGAACAUACUCCAUACCUUCAGAUGGGUGCAUUUCAGAUACCCGAGAAAGUUCUCCAUGGACCCUGGACGUCUGACAAGGUCGAAUUCCUCUCCUUGCUCGUCAAACUGGACGGCCGCGUUGAUUGGGAGUACACAUCCAUGGGCGAAGUGGCUACCCAGGGUCUCUAUGACGCCAUACAACAGGGCUCAACAGAAGCGGUCGCGGAGUUGUUCCACGAAAACAUUAGAGUCAUACCCAAAACGGAGAUGGUACGGGUAGCAGUGAUGGACUGUGGCUUCGACGUGGAAAUGGUUUACUUGUUGCUUUGCCAUGCAGACUGUGACGAUGGGGACGUCGAUUACUACGACAGCAAGCUGUGGGCUUGGAUAGAGCAUGCUAAUAGCAGUGGAGAUCCCAAGGGCGCAUUGCUGAGGGAGAUGUUGCUCCAGGCUGACAAGAGAGACCUGCGGUAUGCGACCAUGCUCAGGAGGGAACGCACCGGACUGCCGCCAAACCUACACAGGAUCGUGUAG